AUGCAAUUAAGUCAAUAUGAGAAUAUUUUCUCUGUUAACCCGCUUUAAAGGAUUAAAUAAUCAACUGAUCUCUUCAAAAUGAAAUCAUCAAUAUAUGAGUAUUCUUAAUUUUGUGUAGAUGUCUGCUAACCCAAAAAAAAAUAAAGGAGAUUAAAAUCUGUAUUCUCUGAUGCUGAUAUUGUUGCUUGCAAAAGUGGAGAUAAGAGCUGUUAUGUUAAAGGAAGAUUGUAGCCAACCAGAUCUUUGGGUGACAUUAGAUUGAAAUUCAAAGAGUUUAACAAUCCUAAGAGUGUUUUGGAAGACAAAGGAUGUUUAAAAUCUAUCUCGAAUUUUAAAGGACCUUACAUUAGUGUAACUAUUUACGAAAUUCAAAAAGGAGAUAGAUACUUAGUUUUAGGCUCUGAUAGAUUAUGGGAUGAAUUAACAAAGUCUGAAAUCUCAAAAGUAUGCAUUCUCAAAUUAAUGAAAGAUUGUGCAAAAAAACUAAAUUAACAAAGUCGAGAUUAUUAAACAAAUUUUUAAGACUCACUUUCUCAUGCAGCAAUAUCCAAUAAAAUGUCUGAUGAAGAAAUAAGAAAGAUUCCACUCGGCAAAAGAAGAAAGUUGCAUGAUGAUAUAACUGUCAUUUUAGUUGAUCUUUAAGGUUAAGUGUGAGAAAUAGUAAUUUUAUGUAAUUUUUUUAUCCAUCAAUAAAUAUGAUAUUGAUUUUCUUAACUGUUAUGUUGGUAUUGCAGUUGUUUUUAAUAUUGAAUCAGCUGGAAAUUGA